AUAUUGCGACGCAACGGACGCAUUGGUUGGCUUGGCAACUACUGUAAGCGACUUCUCAAACGACUGUAAGCGACUUCUCAAACGACUGUGACAAACAGCGUGUUGAGUAUUAACACAGAAACAGCUGUUAUUGUAGCUAACCAGGCAGCGUGGGAGAUUAUAAUCUCGUUUUCUUGUGCGUCACUGAAGAUGAUCGAAUCCUCCUUAAAUUCACUGGGUGCAAAAGUCGUCGUCGCUGCAUCAAGCGAUGAGAAUCACCCACCAGAAAACAUUAUUGACGGAAACACUAAAACGUUUUGGAUGACCACCGGUAUGUUUCCACAAGAGUUCAUCAUCCGCUUUGCUGAUACCACAAACAUUACUGCACUGACUGUGGACAGCUACAAUGUCAAGCACCUGAAGGUAGAAAGGAAUACCUCACAAAAUGCUUCUCAGUUUGAGUUUGAAACUGAGAAAGAAUUCGAGCAAACAGAGGGACAUCUUCAGUCAAAUACUAUAUCGCUCAGUGAAAGCAGUACCACCCACCCGUUUGUCAUCACCUCAGGAUACGAUCACUUUGUCUCAGUGCACAGAAUCAGUGUACAAAAUUGACACAGUUGAUUUCAGUUAAAUCUGUUUCAUGUAUUUAUGUAUGUAUAUAUGUGUGAAUAAAUGGCAUUAUUUGGUGAUUUUA